AUGAAUUCUUCGAAACCACCACACCGAUCGAUCGCAUAUACGAUGGAAGCCCUGCAACUCGCCCAGCUUAUCUUUUUCCAAGAUGGUUGGAAUCGCAAAUCCAUGGAGGAUGGCACUCGUCAUGCUUUUUCUCCAGAUUACGACGCGAGACGAUUCGUCGGACCCCAAGACAACGACACAGCAGAGUAUCUCGCCAAGCAUCUUUCCUCCAUGUGCCACUAUACACUCGAGACUGUUCUCGACUAUCCCAUCAUGAGAGGAGAAGGACUCGAAAACAAGGCCAUUAUUCUCUUGUAUCCAAAAGGGUCGGACAUUCCCUGUGCCUUUAACGUGGCAUUCUUUUGGUACCUCCAAGAUGGAACUCCCUGCAUCCAUUACGGACUCUUCAUUGUCACGCCCAAACAUCAACGCAAAGGAAUCCAGUCACCCAUGGGGUUUGUCAAUAUCUAUUUACUCCUCAAAAAGAUGAACGCUCGCACCGUUUGGGUCACAGAUCUGGGACGAUCCGCCAGUGGAUCGCGCCAUUUUGUCAACUUCAUGUCCCAGGUCUAUCCACAGCCCAAGAUUGAUCACAAAGACGUUGACGAAGCAAAGAAACAUGCCAUUCAGUUGCAAGUAGCACAGGAAUUCCAUCAACGAUUCCAAAAGGAUGCCGGUAUUUCGCCGCAGUCCAAGCUACGUGGCAUGGUCAUUCAAGGAAGCAACCAAGCGGGUGGCGCCGUGGCGCUGGUCAGUGCCAAUGCAUCGACACGAUCCCGUCAGUCGGAAUACAAUCAAUGGAUAGAUACAAUGUGUCCCGAGCCAGAGGACGAAGUCAUCAUGGUGGGACAGUUCAAUAUUGGGCAAUGGAUUGCCCGCGAAGUGAGCAAGAAGCUGUGGUAAAUGUGGUUGCUGCUGUUGCUUCUGCUCGCGUUGGCUGCAGGUAUCAUCAUUGCGAUUCGAUGUGGUGCCGCUGAACUGGAC